AUGGCAUCCUCCGCCUUUCCCCCUCCCCCUGUCAGCUCCAUUGACUGGAACAAUGUCGGCUUUAAAGUCCGUGACGAAAGUAAGCUCCCCACUAACUCCAAAACCCCUACAGUAAACGGUCACGUAGAAUGCCACUUUUCGCACAGCCAAGGCGGCAAAUGGAGCGCUCCAAAAUUCGUCAACUCGCCCUACCUGCCCAUCCACGGCAUGGCCCCAGGCCUCAACUACGGUCAACAAGCCUACGAAGGUCUCAAGGCCUUCCGCCGCCCAGACGGCUCCAUCAGCGUCUUCCGCCCCGAUCGCAACGCCGUGCGCAUGCGUCGCUCCGCCGAAUUUAUCUCCGUCCCGCCUAUUCCCGAGGACCUCUUCGUGGAGAGCGUAAAGCUUGCCGUCGCGGCUAAUGCGGAGUUCGUGCCGCCCCACGAAACCGGUGCUGCCAUGUACGUCCGGCCAUUGGUCUUCGGCUCUUCGGCACAGUUAGGUCUCUCCCCUCCCGACGAGUAUACAUUUGUGGUCUUUGUGAUGCCGACCGGUGUGUAUCACGGUGUUCAUGCCGUCGAUGCCCUGAUCCUGGAGGACUUUGAUCGCUCUGCGCCAGAGGGGACGGGAUCAGCCAAGGUGGGUGGAAACUACGCGCCAGUUCUGCGGCACAGUGGACGGGCACACAGCGAAGGAUUCGGGAUCACACUUCAUCUGGACAGCCGCACGAGGUCCGAGAUUGAUGAGUUCUCGACGUCGGCGUUUAUCGGCGUGCGGAAGGAUGCCUCGGGCGCGGUGACGCUGGUGCAGCCGGAUAGUAAGAACGUAAUUGACUCGGUGACGGCUGCGUCGGUGUUGGAGAUUGGCGAGCGCGUGUUCGGAUUUAAAACUGAGAGACGCCGCGUUCCCUAUGAGGAGCUGCAGGAGUUCAAGGAGGUCAUUGCUUGCGGUACGGCGGCGGCGCUCGUGCCGAUCCGGAGCAUUACCAUGCGGUCGCGGGGCGAUCGCCUUACAUACGAGGCUGGGGAUGACGGACAGAGCGGUGGGGAGGUAUGCGCUAAGCUCCUGCAGACGCUGAAGGGGAUCCAAGCCGGCAAGAUCGAAGACCAGUUUGGAUGGAACUUCACCGUGGAGAGGCCGCCGGAGGGCUGGGCCACUGGUGGCGGGGAGACGGAAUCAGAUGGUGCCAAUGUGCCAUGA